GUUUUGGUGGGUAAUGAGUGGGUGGAGGAGGGUUUAUAACAGCCACUGCCCGCCAAAACUCCAACGGCAGUGAGUGGUGUUAGGAUUUGGUGCUUUUAAGCAACCCAAUCUCUUUCCUGUAUUUUUAUUGUGCAGGUUUUACUCAUAUGUACCAUGUUUCGUCACUACUUCUACAAUCUGACGGACGGCAGUCACGACAAACAAUCUCGGUUGCCGUGGAUCCUAUCCAAGGUUUUGGUAGGUCCUGAACUCACUGGAUGUACCAAUAUGAUUAGCUAUUCCAAUUAAUUUUCAUACUUAAAUUCAAGAAUCAUACGGUACCGCUUCAGAUGCUAAAGCGACACCUUUGGUUGGAGCCCGGCAAUCAUCGAGAGAGCGAACCAGGUGGUCACGCAAAAUCCGAAAAUGACCACGCUUUCACCCCAUAUAGCGAUUCUCAUUAUAGCCAGAAAAUUUCUUUGGAAUCCUUUCAUUCCAAUCUCUGGUACCCAUUUGCAAAAAAUUCGUGGCCUGGAGGUAACGGAGCUCAUCAAUGCUGGGGUGAAUGCAUAUGCUCUUGGCUGCACUGAUGAAGGAUUGUGGAAGGAACUCAAUGCAAUGAAAGAAUCUGGUGUUGAAAUUGAAGCACUGCAGAAUUAUGGAGGAAGCACCAGUGUCAAAUCUAAGAUUUUUGCGAAGGAGGUUGAUGAAUGUAUUCUGUGGUUGAGCAUCAUAUUCUUCACAAUCUUGUGUACACCACAACCAACUAUAGUCAGAUGGUCAUCUACACCUCCAGUAGCAGAUGAAGUACUGCUUCAGUGGAAAUGUUUUUGUGCUCUAAUUGCAAAUGCAUACUAUAUGAGGGGAAUGGCGUGGCUUCCUGUGAAGACUCUUCAGCUAGAGUAAAUGGCAGUUGUCGGACGUGCUGAGGAGCCAUCAAUUGUUGCCAGCCGAAUGCGAUUAGUGUUUAGCACCCUUGAGGUUAGAAAAUUCUUGUCACUAUAAUGAUUAGAAAUUCAUAAAAAACAAGUUUGAUUAACAAAGACAUCUAUGCUGAACUCAAAGACCCCCAUGUUUUUUCGACUUUGGGUAAAAGAGCAUUGUCUCUUUUAGUGAUAUAUUUUAUUUUAGUGAUAGUCCAUGUAUGCAUAUAUAUAUCAAGAGUUGUAUGCUGGUGGUUGUACAUGACAUAAUCACAUUUCUCUAAUCACAUUUCUCUCUGCUGUUGCUGCUC